AUGACUGUCAGCAGUGAAGACCAAGAGGAAUCUGCUGACAUGUUGAAGGAAGCCCUGAACAACUCCAGAGAUGGAAAACUGCACUGCUGCCCUCAAGGCCAGUGGUAUAAUCGGCAAAGAAUUUCUCCCUCAGUUUCGAGUGAUUUAUGGGCAGAUGAUAAAGUAAGAGGAGUUGUGGGAAGAGCGAUCAGAAUCGAUUGUCACUAUGCACCAAUGUACCGUUCACACACAAAGUAUUUCUGCCACAUAAGGAGUCACCAGUGCACAUCCUUAGUGAAUACAAAUGGGCAAACUGAGCAGACUGGAAGAAUGACAAUCAGAGAUAAGACAUCCCAAGGAAUAUUUACUGUUACAAUGGAGAAUCUUGUCUUUCAAGAUACAGGAGUUUACAGAUGUGGAAUUGCAACAUCUGGCAAGACUCUGGUGAUUGAUGUGCAGCUACAAGUAUAUGACGUUUCGAGUGAUUUAUGGGCAGAUGAUAAAGUAAGAGGAGUUGUGGGAAGAGCGAUCAGAAUCGAUUGUCACUAUGCACCAAUGUACCGUUCACACACAAAGUAUUUCUGCCGCAUAAGGAGUCACCAGUGCACAUCCUUAGUGAAUACAAAUGGGCAAACUGAGCAGACUGGAAGAAUGACAAUCAGAGAUAAGACAUCCCAAGGAAUAUUUACUGUUACAAUGGAGAAUCUUGUCUUUCAAGAUACAGGAGUUUACAGAUGUGGAAUUGCAACAUCUGGCAAGACUCUGGUGAUUGAUGUGCAGCUACAAGUAUAUGACGGUAGGUUUCUCAUUGAUUACCUUUAUGUCUCCAGUGAAAUGUCUGAUGCAUAUUUGUUCCAGUACGUGCCAGGGAAGCAUGGAUAUCCUGAGGCUCCUCAGCAGUGCAGACGCUGUGGGGAGUGGGCAAGGGUCGGGGAACCCCACAUGUUGUCCGUCCACUGA